UACUCCCAUCACAGCCAAGAUACAGGUCUACUUUCUUUCCAGAAUGUUCGGGUGGCAUGGAGACAUAGAAGCAUAUGAAGAUGACCUUUAUCGUGAAGAGUCAUCCAGUGAACUAAGUGUUGACAGUGAGGUAGAAUUUCAUCUCUACAGCCAGGUCCAUUAUGCACAGAGUCUUGGAGAAGUCCCUGAGCAGGAUGAGAAUGAGGAAGUACUAGAGAAACAAGGUCAGAGUUCAGUUCUAAGCGAUAAAUUGGAUCUGGACAAGAACCGUAUACUUUCAGACGAUGUUAUUCAUAUUUCAGAUGGCCCUGAGGUCAUCAUUUUGUCUGACACACCUGAUGAAGACAGUGUUUACAAAAGCAAAGCAACAAAGACAGCAAGUUCUCUAACACCAGCUAUAAAAUGUAAGCAACCAGUAUGCUCCACACGGAAUCCUGCCAGAGUUUCUGCAGACUCUGCCCUAGAUUCUGAUGCAAGACAUUCAAGUAAAGAGAAGAGGGCUAGCGAGAAGUCUAACCCAACUUCUGCUGGUAGAGGACGCACGAUCCAAGAGAUUUUGGUAAUAGAGGAUAGCUCAAAUGAGGAGGAAGAAGAGAGCACGCUCUCUGACAGUGAUCAUGUGGAGAGCUGGAUGCUGUUGGGAUGUGAUACAGAUGCCAGAGAUGAAAAUAUCAUUUUGAACCUUGAAGGCUGUGGAACUACUACCAGUGAAGGAGAAGAUGGAGUGGACUGGUCCAUCAGUGAUAAAGACCUAAAGGCUCAGAUUGGUAAUUAUAUACCCCAGAGACGCGCCAACCGAUACUAUGCAACAGAUAAAAAUGUUGUUUGCAGAAAUUGUGAUAAACGGGGUCAUUUGUCCAAAAACUGUCCGAUUCCAAAGAAAAUCCCCCCUUGUUGCCUGUGUGCAAAGAGAGACCAUUUACAAAAUACCUGCCCAGCCCGGCUUUGUUUAAACUGCUGUUUGCCUGGACACUGCUCUAGGGAGUGCCUGGAGAGAGCUUAUUGGCAGAAACAUUGUAACCGCUGUCAUAUGAAAGGCCAUUACGCUGAUGCUUGCCCAGAAAUAUGGAGGCAGUAUCACCUAACAACCAGACCAGGAUCAAUCAAGAAGUCCAGUUCUUAUUCUCAGCAUUCUGCAUUGGUGUACUGCUACAACUGCUCCCAGAAAGGACAUUAUGGAUAUGAGUGCUCUGAGAAGCGGAUGUUCGGUGGGACAUUCCCAUCUUCUCCGUUCAUCUACUACUAUGAUGAUCAGUACAACAUCAAGAGGAGAGCUCAGCGGGCCAAGAGGAAAGUUGAAGAACUUCAAGAAGCCGGCCUUUUGCCAGGGCAGUUCAAGAGACUGCGCAAGGAAGAAGAACACAGGGGGCAGUGCCAUAAGAAAAAGAAAAACCAUUGGAAAGAGCUUGUCAAGAGUCCUAAAGAAGAAAAGCCCCAGAAACACGCCAGUAAGAAGUCCUGGGCAGACCAACACAGGGAGAAGAAACACAAGAAAGAGGUCCAAAGGAAUACCGACCAGGAGCAGGACUUUCCUCGGGGGGGCAGAACACACUCUCCCAAGGGCAGCAAAACAUCCAGCAAAAAGCAUCCCAGCUCUGCCUUUUCUCCACAUGGCAGGAGAACAAAAAAUGGCCAGGAGCUGCUGGAUGCAGCUAAGAAGAAGAAGAAAAAGCGAAGGCCGAGAAACAAGAGAGACAGCAGCCCCACCAUUGAUAAGAGUUUAUUUCUUAUAAAACAGAGGAAAAAGAAAUCGAAACAGGAAUCCAGCUGCUAAUCGGUUAACAGAAAGCUGCGGUGGGAGGGAGCGAGGUUGGCACUGUUUUCCCCGGGUAUUUUCGGACCCUGUGCUGAGAUGUAGAAUUUGAAUCCACCUUUGCCUACAGGCGUGGAUGCAUAAAGCCAAGAAGACAAUUAAUACUGAGCUUGUCUCUUAGCUUCUUAAAGAGAGUAUUUGCCUCGCUUCGUGUUGUUCAUUGGGUAGGAAAUUCUUAAUGUACUCCAGUAAAACCACACUGUAUUUUUCUGCAGUCCCUCUUUUGCUGUAAGUUGUUGAAAGGUUGGGGGCUUUUUGCUUUUGUUUAGCGUUUUUGUUCAUUUGGACGAAUGAGGGGAAAGGUCCACAGUGGAGCGUAUUGGCCUUUUCUUCCUUCAAGCGAUUCCUUUUAAGCACAUGUGAUUCCCAUGCAGCCUGACUUUAAAGAAAGGCUUUCACACUGGGGAGACCUGGAGGCGGGGCAGGGAAGGGGAAAGGAAACAGCAACACAAAACCCAAUCUUUCUGGUGAAGCAUUUUCUGUGAAAUUGUUUUAUUGUACAUAGGACAUGACAGAUUUCUGCCCUGGAAACUCAUGUGAUGUCACAAAUUCUUCAGUAGCACAGCACUGCAAGUUUAGUCUCAGGAGCAGGUGAACGACAAGGAAGCAGAUCCUCGAAUGAAUAACAUAUCUUUACUAACUGGUAAGCAAGAGAAAUCCAUUUGAAAAAAUGUAACAGUUGGGUCGACAUCUUGCAUGAAAUACACCAUAGUUUUCCAUGGGGUGGAAAUCCUGCUUUUUAAAAGAUAAAAUUAUAUAGCAAGCUACAGAAUACCACCAAUUUACCUGCUUCCAGAAAUAUAAUGCUGAUGUUUAA